CGAAGUUGGGGGAGGAGGAGCCGAGAGCGGCUGGAACGAUGGCUGAUGAAGAGGAAGAGGCGAAGCGCAUCUUGCAGAAACUGCAGGAACUGGUGGAUGAGCUCUACUCAUUCCGAGACAGCUAUUUUGAGACCCAUAGUGUUGAAGAUGCAGGACGGAAGCAACAGGAUGUGCAUGACCAGAUGGAGAAGACCCUGCAGCAGAUGGAGGAAGCACUGGGUUCUGUCCAGGUCGAGGCACAGGCACUAAUGCUGAAGGGGAAGGCUCUGAAUGUGACUCCCGACCACAGCCCCGAGGCCGAGGUGCUUCUCUCAAAGGCCGUGAAGCUGGAGCCUGAGCUGGUGGAAGCCUGGAACCAGCUGGGCGAGGUGUACUGGAAGAAAGGGGACAUUGCGGCUGCCCACACCUGCUUCUCAGGAGCCCUCACUCACUGCAAGAACAAAGUGUCCCUGCAGAACUUGUCAAUGGUGCUUCGCCAGUUGCAGACUGACUCUGGAGAUGAGCAUUCUCGUCACGUCAUGGACAGUGUCCGGCAGGCUAAGUUGGCUGUGCAGAUGGAUGUCCUCGAUGGCCGAUCCUGGUAUAUCCUGGGGAAUGCAUAUCUUUCUCUUUAUUUCAAUACUGGCCAGAACCCUAAGAUCUCCCAGCAAGCCCUCAGUGCCUAUGCUCAAGCAGAGAAGGUUGACAGGAAAGCAUCUAGCAACCCUGACCUUCAUCUCAACAGGGCGACGUUGCAUAAAUAUGAAGAGAGUUACGGGGAGGCCUUACAGGGUUUCUCUCAGGCUGCAGCACUCGACCCUGCGUGGCCAGAGCCCCGACAACGAGAACAGCAGCUCCUGGAAUUCCUCAGUAAACUAACCAGCCUCCUGGAGACCAAGGGGAAGACAAAACCCAAGAAACUUCAGAGCAUGCUGGGAAGUUUGCGCCCAGCCCAUCUGGGCCCCUGUGGGGACGGGCGCUAUCAGUCAGCCUCCGGGCAGAAGGUGACCCUGGAACACAAGCCGCUGAGUGCGUUGCAGCCUGGUGUGAACAGCAGUACCGUGAUCCUGGGAAAGGUGGUGUUCAGCCUCACCACGGAGGAGAAAGUCCCCUUCACAUUCGGCUUGGUAGAUUCAGAUGGCCCUUGCUAUGCAGUGAUGGUGUAUAAUGUGGUACAGAGCUGGGGCGUGCUCAUUGGGGACUCUGUAGCCAUUCCUGAGCCCAACCUUAGGCAUCACCAAAUUCAGCAUAAGGGAAAGGACUAUUCCUUCUCCAGUGUCCGAGUGGAAACUCCUCUCCUGCUGGUGGUGAAUGGAAAGCCACAGAACUCCAGCAGCCAGGCGUCUGCCACGGUGGCUUCCAGGCCACAGUGUGAAUGACCCUGUGGAGGCUGUGGAGGCACACAAAGAAGCCCACGAGGGUGCUGCAAAUGGAGAUUCCUCUUUCAUGCCCCUGACCGUAGUUGAGUCUCUGUCCUUCUCCCUGUGGAACCCCAACCCUCUUCAGAGCCAUCACUACCCUUGUUUACUUCUCCCGCCUCUUCAGAAGUGCUGACUUGAAGAACAAAGCAGUAGUGGAACUGUUGGGACCCUGUCAUGGGAGACUCUUUCCCUGAAGUCCUGAGAUGUUUUGACCGUCCCCCAAACCCCUGUUCUCGUCUCCUUCUUGAGUCUAAUAUAUAUGUAUAUAUCAGUUUACUAUUUAUUACUGAGGAGGCUUAACUUUCUAGUAGCUUUAUAUUUGAGCAGUUAUUUUAAAAAACUUUUAAGUUUUAUUUUCAGAUUUAAGUUCUGAUGGGUAGAUUAAAGUUCUACCCUUUAAUCUCAACACUUAGGAGGCAGAGGAAGGUAGAUCUUUGUGAGUUCAAAGCCAGCCUGACCUUAUAUGGGGAGUUCUAGGCCAGCCAGACACUGUUUAAAAAAAAAAAAAAAAAAAGGAAGUUUUAUUCUCUCCUUAGGGCUGGAACAAAAUUAAAUUUGUUUGGAAAAAAAUUUUACUCUAUAGUUCUGUCUUCUUAUUCUCUCAUGUUAUAGAGAUUCUUGGUUUUAAGAUCUCUAAAGUCUGUUGGAGUAACACAGCUUUUUGGGAGGCUAUUAUACAAAACAGUUUAUCUGGAAUCACAGGCAGCUGAAAGCUGCUGGUGCUGGGAACUGAACUCAGAUUUUCUGCACGAGCAGUCUGGACUCUUAAGCAGUAUGUGUGCAUGUAUGUAUGUGUGUGAUGUAUAUGCACUUCACAUGAGCAGUCUGUAUCCAUGCCUGAAACUUAGAUUUCUUAUUUGUGUGCAGUGCACACACACAGGGAAGUUCACAUGCAGGCGUGCCUGAGUGAGGAGGCCAGAGCUGGGUGUGGGAUGUCUCCCGCUGUCCCGCUGCCCUGAGGCAACGUCUCUGGGCGAACCUGAAGCUUGCUGUUCUGGCUGGGCUGUGUGGCCAGCCAGCUCCUGAGAUCUACCCCUUCUACCCUUCAGUGUGGAGUUUCAGGCCCGUGCAGCUUUUUACAUGGGUGAUGGAUUUGAAUUCAGGUCCUCAUGCUUGUGAACAAGCACCUUAGCCACCAAGCCACCUCCUCUACACUGCUGUGAUUUGUUUUUUUAUAUUUUUAAAUUCCAAAUUUUAAAAAAUUUCUUGUUUUGCUUUUUUUUUUUUUUUUUGAGAUAGGUUCUCAUUUGUAGCCUUGGAUGGCCUAGACCUUACUAUGUAGACCAUUUGUAGGCUGGUCUUGAACUCAGAGAUCCACCUGCCUCUGCCUCCUGAGGCAGAUCACCUCUGUUAAAGGCAGGGAUCACCAUUCCUGGUACUGCUGGGGCAUUAAAACAAAUUUUAUGAUAAUAUUUGUGUUGAAGAACAAUAAAGUUGGUAGCAUGGAGCACUUUUUUUUAAAAUAUAAUCUUAACAUAA